UGCCGGCGCCUCGAGUGGGCCGGGACACCGCGCCGAGCCGGGGGCCGGGUGUUCGAGGCCGGUCAUGGCGGCAGCGCCGCCGCCCUCCGCUCCGGGCGGCCCGGAGCCUCCCCCGCCGCCGCUGCAGUACAGCCUGCUGCUGCAGCACCUGGUGGGCGAGCAGCGGCGGCCCCGCGCCUGGGACCCCGCCGCCCUCGGCGGCAUCCCCAGCCCGCCCAAGAGCGAGGAGCAGAAGAUGGUGGAGCGGGCCAUGGAGAGUUGCGCCUUCAAGGCGGCGCUGGCCUGUGUGGGAGGAUUUGUUCUGGGAGGCGCGUUCGGUGUCUUCACUGCUGGCAUCGACACCAACGUUGGGUUUGAUCCCAAGGAUCCAUAUCGCACGCCGACCGCAAAAGAGGUCCUCAAGGAUAUGGGGCAGCGAGGCAUAUCCUACGCAAAGAACUUUGCCAUUGUGGGCGCCAUGUUCUCCUGCACAGAAUGCGUGGUAGAAUCUUAUCGUGGAAAGUCAGACUGGAAGAAUAGCGUUAUUAGCGGCUGCAUCACAGGAGGAGCAAUCGGCUUCAGAGCUGGUUUGAAGGCAGGGGUUAUUGGCUGUGGUGGAUUUGCCGCUUUCUCCGCUGCAAUUGAUUAUUAUCUACGGUAACAGUGGGACCCCUUGGGAGCAAGUUUCCCUUUUGUUCCAGUGCUGCUGCUAAGGGCCUGCAUCACGGCAGAAGAACCAUCAGUUCUUACCUUUCCACUGCCUUUGGAGUCCUGAUCAGUGCAAGCUGGAUGGUGUUGGCGGCUUUUCCUGAAUGACUAACAAUAAUCUGGCUCUGAGCCCUGGCGUGCUGCUCCAGGCAGACUUGCGGGAGUAUGCGAGGAUGGAGCCAGGCGCAGUGAGCAGUAUCACCAGGACGGAUCAGCUGACUGUCAGUUUCCAAGAAACAAGCCUGGACUCUGAGCUUUUUUGAUCCUUUGGGUCUGAUUUUGAUUAAGUCUGUUGCUAGCAUCAGAAGAGGCAGGAGGACAAUCUUCAAAAAGAAAUGUUGUGAUUUAGGUUACCGUGUAUUUGAACGUGCUGCAAGUGUUUAACAGUUGUCAGUUUGCAGCUUGCUACUCUGUUGGGGAGAGGUAAGAUCCUGUGGAGAAAUAGUUUGUUCCAGGCUUUUCUUAAAAUACCAGCUGAAGACAAA